CAAUCUUCAUCCACCGAAAUUCGCCAUUUUAGUCGUACAGUGAAAGGAGAUUUAUGAAUUUCGUCAGGCUGGAGGACGAAGAAUAUUUUGUGAAAAGUGUGUCAUAUUUAAGUUUUUUGUAGUGAAAACGUUUUUUGAUAAACAUCUUAGUAUAAUAGCGUGAUUUUGUUUAUUACUAACAUUUGUAUGUAGUGCUACUUCCCAGUUUUCUAGUAAUAGUGCUCAUUCGUGUGUCGCUUAGCUAAUUCAAUGGCUAUGAUAUUGAAAUCUUAACUCUUGGCGUCACUUGACGUGCUAACUGUGGGAUACUAAGGAGGAAAGGAGGUGACCUGAUAAGAAAUGAGUAGGCCUCAAGGCGGACGUAUCCAAGUCCCAGAUGACCUACGAGAAAUCUUGUUGGAAUUCACUAUAAGUUACCUGUUGGAACAGCCAGGGGAUGUUAUCAACUACGCAGUCGAAUUCUUCACUAGGUUACAAAACAAUCGGACCACAACCAUAGUCCGUGGCCCUUCAGCGGGCACACCCGAUGAGUCUAUAAUAUCAGAUGAAGAAGAGCCGCCAGUGGCGCGCUUCAACAACCGACGCAAGUCCGUUUUUGCUGAAACAUAUGAUCCCGAAGAAGAUGACUCUGAUGAGGGUGCUCCGGCAGUGUUCCCCAAGUCUGAUGCUCAACGGGCACGUCUCGCUGAAGCCGUGCGCGGAAUUCUUCUAUUCCGCUCUCUCGAUGCUCAACAGAUGCAGCAGGUGCUAGACGCAAUGUUUGAAAAGCGCUCCGAGCCCGGCGAGUACGUGAUCCGACAAGGGGACGAUGGCGAUAACUUUUACGUCAUCGAAAACGGGGUCUUUGACGUACUCGUCACGGGCGAUGAUGGAGUUGAAAAGGUGGUACACACAUACGAAGGCUCGGGCUCAUUCGGGGAGUUGGCCCUCAUGUACAACAUGCCUCGGGCCGCGUCAGUGCGGGCGCAGAGUCCUGGAGCCCUGUGGGCCAUGGACAGGCACACCUUCCGUCGCAUCCUGCUCAAGAGCGCCUUCAAGAAGCGCAAGCUGUACGAGGAACUGCUCGACAAAGUGCCCAUACUUAAGGCUUUACAGCCAUAUGAGCGAGCCAAUCUCGCCGAUGCCCUUCUUCCACGCACUUUAAUCGAUGGUGAGCUGAUCAUCCGCCAAGGAGACACGGCGGACGGCAUGUACUUCGUCGAGGAUGGCUCCAUCAGCAUCCGCAUCGCUCGUGAUGAUGGAAACGAGCAUGAGAUUAAGCGUCUGGGCAAAGGAGACUACUUUGGCGAGCUGGCUCUGGUCACUCACAAGCCGCGUGCUGCCUCCGCAUACGCCAUUGGACCCACCAAGGUUGCUUUUCUGGACGUCGAAACCUUCGAGCGUCUCCUCGGGCCCUGCAUGGAGAUCAUGAAGCGCAACAUCGACGACUACGAGGAGCAGCUGGUCAAGCUCUUCGGAGACAAGAGCAACCUCACCGACGUGCGAUGAACUGGAUCGUCUCGUCCUCCCUCAACCGUAAUCCGCUCCGACCCCUCCUCUCCCACGGGUUGCCGAAAUAGGGCCCGCGUUCCUACUAAACUUAUUAAACUUUAAAUUCUGACGAGGCUAAAUCUUCCCGGUAGGGCACUAGAAGUUAUAAAAGAGCCCCUCACUCUGAGACUCGAUACAAAUAUACACAUAAAAAUACUUUAAAAAAUGGCGGUCCGUCUCUUCUAUCUCGUAAAUAAAAUUAGCAUUUGGACAAUAGCGCUGAAUCUUAAAAGGGGCGGAUUUUUCUUCCGUUUUCUAGUUUUUCAGCCGUCGAAAAAAAACUUAUAUGAUCUCUCGGAUGUUCUUGUACUUGGAGAAGUUUGAUUUGAUGUUUAAGUAGAAAUAAAAUGUUGUGCCACGAGGGCUUAGGGUUACGCGAGGGAGGCGACGAGGGAGGGCUCGUCGAGUAGGGCUGCAGAUGAACAAACAUACGCUUAUUUUAGAUGAAGCCUUAAUAGUGUAAUCGGGAAUCGGGAAUUCCCAAUUCCGAAUGACGAGGUGCAGGAAGAAGAAACUUGGAGAACAUUAGUUCCGUGGCCUGCGGCACUGCUCGACGGCUCUCGACUUUGAUUUUGAUGAUUUAGACUUAAUCGUGAUUAGAUUUGAUCUUUGUCACUCGGCUCGACUUUUUAGUCGCUUCUCCCUUUAAUUUUUGUGGAACGAUUUAAAAGUCGCCCUUAGAUUGAUUUAUUUAUUUUUUAUUUACGAUUCGAUAGUGUCGACGACCGCCUCGAUCGGGCGGGGCCGGAUCGAACGACUUAUGUUAAAACAAUAGUUUAUUUAUUAACAAUUUGUUACGUUUGCCCAUUUAAAGACGUGCGAGUGAGAGAGCGCGAUUUCUUUGCAGGAUUUUUAUAAUCGGGAAGUAUUUUUGUUGACGAGAAUAUGUUUUAUGUUGAAUUUGAGUUACGUUGCGUUUAUUUCGUAGAGAGUUCCUAAAUCCUGUCGUUUUCGUAAUUAUUUUUAAAGAUCCGAGGUGUUCGGCGAUCGAGAGACUUUGAAUUUUUGUGUUUUUAUCUAUUACCAAAUGUGGGUAGUUGUAAAUUAUCAAAAUACCACUACAUGUGCCGUAUUAGGUUUCCUCGAACGCCGAAUUCGGUCUACCCUCGAUCCAGUAUUAAUUCGUUUUUAUCGAACCCUCGUGAGUCCAGCCAAAGUAGAGAAACGCGUGUAUCGCGUUCGAAUGAAGCGGGCGUCAGACGUAGCGGCGAUGGCCGGAGCUGGAUCUCGAGCCAGCUGCGUCCGGGCCGGUAGUUAGCUUUUAACACUUCUUAUAGUUAUUUAAAUAUUAGAUUAGUGAAAUGUCCGGAGUUAGUUAAUCCCGAGGAGUGUGUACAAAUGUUUUCAGUUGCCAUAAUCGUUUAACAAAUUAUUAUUAUUUACGUUCGUUAUUCAGUUUUAUUUACGUUUACGUAAAAUUAUUUUUACUGCUAAUCUCGAUUCGGAGAGCUUAUUUCAGCAAAGCUUAAGCGUUUUAGGGGGUAGUUGUUUGCUUACAUUCCUCGCUUUCUUCUGUCUGCAUCCGAACACUGAGUAGGACUACAUAGGACGCCUUCGAAAUUUUCGUAUUUUGAUUCGCUCUCGGAGCAGACAAUUUUGUUGCGUGUUUAAUUCUUCCCAGGGCCGGUCUCGAAAUGAAUAAAAAUAAAACUGCCUUCCCGUGGGGCGGUGAGUGAGUGUGUGUAAGAAUAUAUCGAUCGGGUGCCGCGCUCUAUUAAAAGCGACGGUGAAACGCCGAGUUCAAUGGGAUUUCUAUAUUUGUUAUAUCUAUUCUAUAUUUAGCUUAACUGUCGUUAAUUUUAACCGUGUUUCCUCAUGUGUACCUUGUUUUAAACGCGUAACGAUAGUUACUUAUAAAUAUAUUUAUCGAGCGUGAGAGGUGAUCGCUUUACAGCGUUGACGAUAUAUAAAUCAGAUUUUUAUUUACUUAACUAAACGUAGCCCAUAUUUAUCGACUCCGCGUACGUCCGGCGGUACUCUGAGUGCGCGUGUGACGUUCCGUUCUCUGUACAUUGUUGUUUGUGUGCCGGUGAGGCGGUCGCGUCCACCUUUUCUGUGUGUCUGUCCCGAUGUAUCGGAAUCGUAGUUAGAGCGUCGUGCAAUAAAAUAAUCAUUUAUGUCGUGAAUCAUAUAAAUUUUUGUCAUUGUGGAAUUAUUUAUAAUAGUUAGAUAGCGUAAGGUGUAAUAUUUCUCUUUAUAUACUGAUGUUAUCGAAUCCUAUCGCGUUCCACUCUGUGUCUUCCCCGGCGCGGGUUCGAGACGGGUUCCGCAUUCGAAGCGCGGAAGCACAAAUAUUAUGUGAUCGGGGACAUCUCGUCUUCCCUCGGGACGCACAGUUCGACGUUCGCGCGCGGCCGUUCCUUCGGAGCGGAAUGUCUGUCCGGUUGUCUUGUUAAGAAGUAUCGAUACGCUUAAUCGUAGCGUAAUUUUUUAUAAAUUACUAGUCAUCGGUGUCUACGUAGGGUACGACCGAUCAGCACAUUUGUCCUCUCGUAUACAUUAUACACGUUAGAUUUAAGAUGUCACACCUGUCCCGUGAGAAGCAUAUCAAAGGCGGCGAGUCCGUUCCCUAUGUCUAAAUUGCACUCGUUCGUCUGAAGCCAGCCGUGAACUUCAUAGUAUUGCUUUACCGCGUCAUGAGCUUACCCUGUACAUUUAUAAAUUAUGUAUCGUAAAAUGUUAGAAAACUGAAUUAUAUUUGUUUGUAGAUCUAA